AUGUGCAGGGCGUUCCCGACCACGCUGAAGGGGCCUGUGAGGGUUUGGUUUAGUAGGUUGACGUCGAACUCCAUCAAUACUUUCAAGGAGUUAAGCGCCCUGUUCACCUCACACUUCAUAGGUGGACAUCGAUAUAAAAAGUCCAUCGUGUGCCUAAUGAAGAUCAAGCAGCGAGAAGACGAGACGCUGCGAGCCUACAUAACUCGUUUCAACAAAGAAGCCCUCUCGAUUGACGAAACUAACGAUAAGAUACUCGUAGCCGCGUUCACUAGCGGGCUAUGGAAGGGUAAGUUCUUGUUUUCCUUAUACAAGAAUGACCCAAAAACCAUGACGGACGUUCUCUACAGGGCUACCAAGUACAUGAACGCAGAAGAUGCGCUGCUGGCCCGCGAGGAAAGGCCUAAGAAGAGGGAAAGGCAGGAGGACACGAGACAAGAUAGGGGCCGAAAGGUCGCUAAAACCAGGGAUCAACGUGAUGAAAAGCGCUCCAGACCCCCCGUAGGAAGAUUCACUAAUUUCACCCCGUUAACCGCCCCGAUCGAUCAAGUAUUGAUGCAAAUCAAAGAUGAAGGAGCAUUCACCUUCCCUGGAAAAUUAAAGGGAGACCCCAACAAAAGAUCAAGAGACAAGUAUUGUCGCUUUCACCAGGACCACGGGCACGACACAGUUAACUGCUAUGACCUGAAGCAGCAGAUUGAAGCCCUAAUAAGGCAGGGGAAACUACAGAGGUUUGUCAACAGGGAAAGAAUUGAUACGCCGGAGGAACAGGCCCCAUGA